AUGAGUGGAUUAAAUGGUUGCAAUAUAAUUCUUGUUGAAAAUAUACCUUAUGGUACAAGUGAAAUAAAGUUAAGAGAAGUUUUUCAACAAGUUGGACCUAUAGUCUCUUUUCGCCUAGUGUUUGAAAAAGAAAAUAAACAAUCUACAGGAUAUUGUUAUUGCGAAUAUCACGAUCCUGCUACUGCCGCAAGUGCUAUAAGAAAUUUAAAUAACGUAGAAAUGAAAGAACAAAGAUUAAUUGUUGGAUACGCCGAUAAUAAACCUCCUUCGACAGCUAAUGAAGUUUACAGAUUAGAUCCAUCUUUUAAAACGUCGGCUCAACAACUUUCUCAACAGCAAAGAUCAUUACUACAACAAUUACCUACUCCUCUCAAAAGUUCUGAUAAAUCGGAUUCAUCAUCCGGAAUGAAUGAAGUACAACUUCUUGAUGUCUUAUUAACCUUACAGCUGUAUUCUCAAUCUACUAAUGAAGAUCGAGUUAAAGAAUUAUUACUACAAAAUCCCCUAUUGGCUUAUGAUUUAUUUAGAAUCUUGUUUCAACUUGAUCUUGUCGAUGGGGAUAUUCUAAAGUUAGUGGUAUCUGAACAACAACAGCCUAAGCAAAUUUGUCCUACAACAUUUCCUACCUCGGUGAUGACAAAUAUGAACUUUCAACCCUCUCAACUGAAUCAGAUACAAAUGCGGCAACAAUAUCAAGAACCCCAACCCCAACAACAGAAACCUUUGCUGCAACAUCAAUAUCCACAACAUUUGCAGCUGCAACAACUGAAAGAACGCGAACAUCUGCAGCAAUCUCCUCAGCAACCUCCGCAGCAAUUUUCUCAAACCAUCCAGCAAUCUGUACAACAAUCUCCUCUCCCUCAUAUGUCAACUAUGCAAGGAAUUCAAUCUGGAACAACGUUCAAUUACGGAUCUCAAAUACAAAGUUCAGCCGUAUUACAAGCUUUACAAACCGGAACGAACCUUAAUAACAUCUUUAUGAGCGACUUGCAAAUUCAAGAACAAAACGCCACGAUUAUUCUCCAACUUCUUAAUCUUACACCCCAACAAGUUGAGAUGUUUCCUCCUGAACAGAAAAGUCGUAUUCUGGCUUUGCAACAACGUAUUCUUAGAAGAGGUUAA